AUGACUCCGGACUGUGCGCUGACUCGCAAACUUACGGUAAAAGCACUGAAAAAUCGAAACCUCAAAGAUCCGAAGUUGGGCCGCACACGGGCUGCCCAAAACGCAGACGACAUCUACUACCGCGGUGGGACUGAGGUGUACGAGUACCAUGAUGCAGCGUUCCUCCAGUGCGCCUCAACCAGCCGACCGAAGGCACGCCGGCACGUCUUCCUCUUCAGCAGGCCUAUCCUAUACCGGUCCAGACCCAGGCCACCCAAUCCCUCUCGUUUUCACCCCCGUCAUGCUCCGGCGUCAAUUCAGCUGCUCUGCCUUGAGCGGCGGUCCGACAAGCCCAUUGUCAGCACAAUCGGCAGCAACAGCGGCACCAGCAUCAACGGCGUCAUCACCAGAACCAGCAGUCUGGGAGGAUCUAAAAUCACUUACCAUCUCGUUCGGCACCUUUCGAAGUGA